AUGUCGACCACCGUAUUUAAUAGAAUUUUGGACUUUAUGAAAGAUGAACCAGUAAAGCAUAUUACAGCAGGAUCGGUAAUUUACAAAGGCACGGAAGAAGACCAAACAAUAUCAAAAGAUGAACUUUUAAAGUUGACGAUUAACGCAAUUCGGUCCAUUAAAAAUAUUGCUGGCGAAGAUUCUGAACGCUUUAGAAAGAUUUCCAAUAUUCCUUUAGAGUUCGAAUGUGCCUAUGAAACUAUCUGUAGUCUACGUGAUAUCAAGGCGUUGAAGACGAGUGAACAAGUUCCCUUCAAUGAUGAUACAAUCAAGAAAAAUAUACGAUCUUUACAAGGGAAACUUUUGAGCGAUUCAUCCCCCCUUUCUGUAGAACUCUAUCAAAACGUGAAAAAUAUUCCCAUUACAAACUUAACCUGGGAAGAUCCUCUAUCUAGUCAAGUCAUAAGCGAUGAUUCAAUCGUAGUAAAAAAGUUGUCACCGAAACAGUAUCAAAAUUUUAUGAAACCAGCACGUAAUAUGACCACCCCACUCCCAGACUUGAUACAAGAUAAAUGCCACGAGUUUGUAUCAGGGUUUUCAGAAGAAUAUACUGACGACUUAUGUAUAAAACUUACGCAUAAUGGGGAAUGGAAAGAGUCGGAUGAAACCCUUAUAAGAGUUACACAGGAUAUUCUUGAUGCAGUGGCCAAUGUUUGGAUGAAUCCAGCAUUUGGACCGGAACUUAUGAAAACACAAAGUGAGGGAACGUAUGUAACAGAUGUAAUAAUCCCUUCGAUUCGGGCAUCAUUGAAAGGGCUACCAUACAGGCAAUCUGCAUUUAUCAGCACUGCGGAGCGACAAAGCAUUGCCAGUGCAGAUAGGAAAGGGGAUGGAUAUUUUGGAAAACGACCAGAUUUCAUCGAUAUCAAAAAAAGAGAAGAUGAAGUAAAAUUGUGGAGGGAAACAAACGAUGGUAUGUUUUGGGUACGACAAGGGUGUAAACCUGAAAAAGAUCAAUUUGGCAUUGUGGGGAUUCAAGUCGCAGGGACCGAAAUCCAGUUAAAUGUACUUAUCAGGGAUAACCUUGAUGUACAUCGAUAUUACCAUCUGAAAAAAACGCAAAUUCCUAUACAAUGGUCGGAUCCAACAUUAUCGACUCUACCUGAAUUUGUCGAAUUAUUGUUGAAUUUGCGGAAUAUUUUGAUCGUCAAUUUAUCUCUGUUAAUGCAAGUACCCACAAGUAAGACGCAUCGUGUCGAAAAAAGUACUACAGUAUCAUCACCUAGAGAAGAAACACCCGACGAACAACAUAAAAAGAGGCAGAGAAGAUCCAAGAAAACGUCAAGAUCUAAUGAGCAUAGAACAAGCGCGUAUUUUUAG